UAAUUGUAGUUGUAGGUCUCUUUCGGUAUUUUAGAUAGCUUGAUACACUGUGCUUUUAACGAUGAGUAUGCAACCAGGAUCAUAUUCGUUUAUUAAAGGGAAUUCAAUAUCAGAAACUGUGUACACAGAUUCUCAAUUUUUUAACCUGCGAAAUGUCUGGGAUUCCAACCUUGAUGAAGAAAUGCGCAGUCUAAUGGCCGCAGUAGAGAAUUAUCCAUACAUUGCAAUGGAUACCGAGUUUCCCGGGGUUUGUUACCCAGGUUCUGAGGAGAAUUCGAAUAUUUUUGAAUACAGCAUUCUACGGAAUAACGUAAACAAACUCAAAAUUAUCCAGCUCGGUAUUACAGUGUGUACGGCAUCUGGCCAAGUAGCGACAGAUUACCCGACUUGGCAAUUUAAUUUCAAAUUUAAUCCAGAAACUGACCAAUGCAACAAAGACUCUAUGCAAAUGCUGCUCAAAUGUGGAUUUGACUUUCAGAGGCACAAUCAAAACGGCAUCGACGCAACCCGCUUUAGCGAGUUACUCACCAUGUCGGGUUUAGUACUCAACAGCAACGUCCGAUGGAUCUCCUUUCACGGCGACUACGAUUUCGCCUACCUCAUCCGUCUUUUAACAGGGGAAGAUCUCCCCGAGAGCGUAGAGACCUUUGAGGCCAUUCGACACAUCUUCUUUCCUCACAUUUUCGACGUCAAAUACCUGUCUCACGAGUACAACUGCCUGAGCACGGGACUCAGUCGGCUUGCAGAGUUUCUAAAUAUCAAGCGGAGAGGCAUUCGACAUCAAUCCGGUAGUGAUAGUCGCUUGACAGCAGAUACAUACUUUGAAAUCAAAAAGAGGUAUUGUGCUGAAGUUAGUGAAGACGACUAUGACGGUUAUUUAUUUGGAACGCGCGAUGUACACAAGUAGUUCCUUCUUCUCUCCAUCCUCUCUUUUGUGCUUCGGUUGUGCUGCCGCUUUUUGAUUCCUUGCUAAAUUAA